AUGCCUCUCACUCUCUAUGCAUAUCUGGCUAUUCUCAUGUGCGUUUCUUGGUGCAUACGGCGCACCCGGCGGUCGGAGAAAGCCAAUCUUCCGCUUCCGCCAGGUCCAAAGACACUGCCAUUUAUCGGGAAUCUGUUGGAUGCCCCCUCCGAAUUUCAAUGGAUCAAGUAUCACGAAUGGUCCAAACAAUAUGAUUCAGAUAUUAUCCACUUGACUGUGGCGGGAUCGUCACUCAUUGUUAUUGACACGACUGAGGCAGCGAAAGAGCUACUCGACAAACGAUCGUAUAUCUACUCGAGUCGACCACGAUUUGUGAUGCUCAACGAAUUGAUGGGCUGGUCAUGGCUAUUCGCCAUGAUGGAAUACAGCGACCGGUGGAAACAGCAUCGGAAGCUCUUCCAAAAAGAGUUCCACUCCAAUACCGCAACCUCUCGAUUCAACCCACAAAUACUCAAGCACACUGUCAAACUCCUGCAACGCCUCCUUGAAUCCCCAGAUGACUUCAUGGAGCACAUGAACCUAACUACCGUCGCAAUUAUUAUGGACAUCGGUUAUGCCAUUGAUGUGUCGUCAAAGGAAGACCCCCACAUCGUUACAGCCGAGAAGGCUUUAACUGGGUUGAAUAUUGCGUCUCUCCAUGGUGCAUUCCUCGUUGAAUCUAUACCUUUACUCAAGUAUGUUCCGUCAUGGAUCCCUUGGGCAGGGUUCCAGAACAAGGCCAAGGAGUGGAAGCGCUACACAGACAAAAUGAUUAAGGAUCCUUUUGCGGUGGUGAAGAAAAGGAUGGCAAAGGCUUGGCGGGAAAUCGACGGCGUUUUGAAGGGUAAGCGCCUACCGAGCUUCGAAGAUAUGGAUCGUCUACCCUACGUGACCGCCAUUGCGAGGGAAGUUCAACGGUGGCAGCCUGUCACACCGUUGGCAAUACCCCACUUCGUAACGGCCGAGGAUGAAUAUAAAGGGUACCGCAUACCUGCUAAUUCUAUCGUCAUUGGGAAUGCAUGGGCGAUGCUCCACGAUGACGCGAAAUAUCCAGACCCAUUUGCGUUCAAACCGGAACGUUGGUUAUCGCAAGAUGGCACGCUGAACCCAGAUACGAAGGAGCCGAAUGUGGUGUUUGGAUUCGGGAGGAGGAUCUGUCCCGGCCGGUACCUCGCCUCCUCGUCCAUUUGGAUCACUGCGGCCAUGUUGUUGAGCGUGUUCGAUUUCGCCCACGCCGUCGACGAGAAAGGAAACCGCAUCGAGCCUUCUCAGAAGUAUUGCCCUGGGUUGAUUCCGUCGCCGCUUCCAUUCAAAUGCCAGAUCCGACCACGAUCCCAAGCCACAAGGGCACUCAUUCAAGGGGCUGCGAAUGCUUGA